AUGUAUUUCAUUAUAGAGCGCAAAUCAUAAGGAUUUAACAAGCUGGUGAUUUAAGACUGGAGCGACAGUGGGAUGACUUCAGAGCUAUUAUCAGAGAACUGUUAAUUGGCUUCUUCAAUAUUUUAGAUUUACUGCGAGGUUUUUAUUUCCUAUUCCCGAGCUCAAGUUGUUCUCUCGGGGGAAAUGGGAUAAAAGAGAAAAAGCCGGUGAAACGACAGCUGGGCUGAACGAGAGCGUUGCUUUUCUACUGUUCCACACACAGGAUGAUGAACACCGCUGUUAACUGUUGGUAUGAAGACGGGGAAGGCUUUGAUGAUAUUUGGGCCCCACUGUCUCUUUAAAGGCCGCACCUGCGCAGCUGCCCGGUGCUGAUGCUGCAGUGCCCGGGUUAUUUUCGGUGGAACAGACGGGGUUACUCGCGUUCAAGCGGGCCUACAUGCCUUACAUCACCCAUGAGAGGAAAUCAAAGCCAAAUUUAGCCAAUCACCUGCCUCCUAAUUAGAGCUGUUUGAACUACAUUCCUUCUUAGAGGUAGAUACCAACAGUAUAUGUUCAGUCUGAACAACAUGUACUGUAAAUACAGAUUUCAGAACCUCGUGCUCCUUUUAUUUUAAAUCUGCCUUGAUCUCGUGCCGAUGAAUGAAAUAAUAAAUAUAGCUGUACUGAUUGUACUGACAUUUCUAAAGAAAGACAAAUAUUACAUUAACGAUUUAAAUAAACGAGAAAAUCCUUUUUACAUUUUUUACAUCUAAAACCAACAACCUCAUUCAUAUCUUCAAGGCAGAUCAUUAAUCAGCUAGGUCACUUCAAGGGUGAAGUUACUGAGUUCACGUACAGUCGUCAUAUAUUAGCUGUGACUGGCUGUCAAAUCUUUAAAAAAAGAGAGCAAACACUUAUGUUGGCACUGUUGAAGGUGACUGGGAUAAAGGUGAUGUGGACCUGGUGGGUACAGUAUAAAUACUGAGCUCUGUGCUCUAAGGAUCACUUUGAAAAAUUAAAGCCAGGAUGGAUCUCAGACCGGCUGCUCUGCUCUCUCUGAGCUUUCUCCUAGUGUGGGCACAUGGACGUCUCACACAUGAAGGUUCAGCAACUCUUCCUAUCAGACUGACUGUAGUGAACAAGUUGGCUAACACGAGUCCUCAGGCCUUCUCCAGCUCUGUGUUAGAGGGAGGUAUACUGGUGAGCGCGUUGAGGAGGCUGCAGGAGGCCAAUCAGCGGUUCAAGUUCACAGUGAUAGACAACCCAAACUUUGGCCUGUUUCUAGAGAGUGUGAAUGGAGUAGCUGGAAGUGACAAAGAUAAGACGUAUUGGGAACUCCUGUCAGAGAGCUCAGGAGAAUACACCCGGCUGAGUGUGGGAGUUGGCUGCUACCAACCAGCAGCAAAUGAACACAUCGUCUUUAACUUCACCACCUGGUGAAGGGAUGAGUGUGCUACAGAGCAGAAAGAAGCAAAAACGAAAAAAUCACCUUUAUUUGACUCUCAGUUCUACAUCAGUCCCUGUUUGAGGAUGAUCAGGUCCCUUGUAUAAUAGUGAAGAAGUGAAGAAUAACAGCAGCAUCUAGUGGCUUUUGGGAUUAAUACACAACUAUAACGUGGGUUUGCUCAUAUAAACUCAACUUUCCUGGUAUAUAAAAAAAUAAAGUGCCACUGGAUGAAAAUUAUUACAAAUACUAACAUUUAGAUGUUUAGAUUGAGUGACAACUAAAUAAUUGGUUUUAUGAAAUAAAUACAAUGAACAAAAAAUAUGAAGAAAUUAUGAAAACCUUCACACAAAUGAUUUCUCCCCAAUCAGCACUCCUUUAUUCUUUCAAAUGUAUCAUCAGGUCAUUAUUUUACAUGUAU